AUGGCAUCACUCAACAUCCAAGACAGCGACAUUCCUCUGCUGCAGGGGAAAACCGCUAUCAUCACCGGCGGAUCAUCAGGCAUCGGUCUCGCAGCUGUGCGCCUUCUGGCUCAGAAAGGAGCCACCGUGCACGUGCUCGACAUCAAUCGCCCAGCGAAGGAGAAAGAAGAGGGGGAGGGUGGCCUGGAUCCGCUGGAACGAAGCGUUCACUUUCACCGCUGUGAUAUGACGAGCUGGGAGCAGCUGCGCGGCGCUAUAGACAGUGUGGACGGCCCCAUCGACUACGUUUUCGCCAACGCCGGCGUAUCCGAGGAGGCGGAUUACUUUGCUGACCGUCUAGAUGCCGAUGGGUUGCUGGCGGAACCUGCGUAUCGGGUGCUGGACGUCAACGUGCGUAGUGUGUACAAUGUCGUCAAGCUGGCCUGGAGCCGCAUGCGAAGGGACAAGACGCCAGGGAGUAUCGUCAUCACCACAAGCGCCUCUGGGUAUGCUCCAGAGCAGUCUCUGCCCGUGUACUCGAGCGGAAAACUGGCGCUCGUCGGCCUCAUUCGUGCGCUCCGCUCGGUAAUCAUCCGUGACAACAUCACCAUCAAUGGUGUCGCGCCAGCAGCAACCAUCACAAAUCUCCUGCCGGCUCAUCUGGCGGCCCCGAUCCGCGCACAGGGCCUGCCAGUCAGUGAUGCGCAUUCUGUGGGCCGUGCUCUGGUGUAUUCGGCGGUGGCGAAGCAGACACGGCGGGUUCAGGCAUAUGGCCGAGAUCGCAAUGUCGACAACAGCAACAACGCCGACGACAACGUGCUGUCGGCGCGAAACAGGUGGAACGGGCGCGUGAUCUUGACCCUGGGCGAUACCUACACUGAGGUCGAGGAGCCUACAGCCGACUUGCGCCCGUUCUGGAUGGGCAGGGAGAACGACAGGCUCACACGCUUGCAGCAGGCCGCGACGGAUUUCCGUCCCGAGGAAGGAGAUAGAUAG